CUCUUAUCCAGACUGAACAACCACAAUUGUCUUAGCCUUUCCUUGCAGGAGAGGUGCUCUAGCCACCUAACCAUCUUGGUGGCUUCCUCUGGACUCAGUCCAACAGUUCUUGUGUGGCUGGUGAAAAUAAGUCUACGCUGCAGGAAUGCAAGAGGAGCAACAGCCUGAGGCUGCUGCAGAUCCAAUGUCGUCCUCCGAUGCACCAGAAGAUGGCCCAAAGGAAACGUCAAGUAUUUCGCAGAAUAUCUCUGAUGCAGAUGCAUUUAAAAUUCUCCUGGAGAUGAAGUUGAAGAAGAGGCAGAAAAGGCCUGCUUUACCAAGCACUGUGACUGAGCUUGAUACUGAGGAUGGUUCUAAAGUAUAUGUAGUUGGAACAGCCCACUUCAGUGACAGCAGCAAAAAGGAUGUAGUAAAGACAAUACAAGAAGUGCAGCCUGAUGUAGUUGUAGUGGAACUGUGCCAGUACAGAGUUUCUAUGUUAAAGAUGGAUGAAAAGACAUUACUAAAAGAAGCCAAAGAAAUAAAUCUGGAAAAACUUCAACAAGCUAUAAAGCAGAAUGGAGUCAUGUCUGGACUGAUGCAAAUGUUGCUUCUGAAGGUUUCUGCUCACAUCACAGAACAGCUGGGAAUGGCCCCAGGAGGAGAAUUCAGGGAGGCUUUCAAAGAGGCCAGUAAAGUACCUUUCUGUAAAUUCCACCUUGGUGACCGGCCCAUCCCUGUUACAUUUAAGAGAGCAAUUGCUGCACUUUCCUUCUGGCAAAAAGUCAAGCUUGCCUGGGGCCUUUGCUUCUUAUCUGACCCCAUCAGUAAAGAUGAUGUGGAGAAAUGCAAACAGAAGGAUUUACUGGAACAGAUGAUGGCAGAAAUGAUUGGAGAAUUCCCUGAUCUUCAUCGAACGAUUGUCUCCGAACGAGAUAUUUACUUGACCUACAUGUUGAAGCAAGCAGCAAAGCAGAUAGAACUACCUCGAGCUUCAGAAAAUGAACCUAGAAAAUAUAUCCCAUCUGUUGUAGUUGGUGUUGUUGGCAUGGGUCACGUACCUGGGAUUGAAAAGAACUGGAAUUCUGACUUAAAGAUCCAGGAAAUAAUGAGUGUGCCUCCUCCAUCAGCUUCAAGUAAGAUUUUUAAAUUUGUUUUAAAAGCAACAUUUUUUGGACUGCUGGGAUAUGGCUGCUACCGAAUAGGUCACAGGACAGUUCAGUUUGUUCUCUCAAUGCCAGCAACACAGAGCUAUCUUCAGAGGCUGACAGAGGUGCCUCAGUAGUGAACAACAAGGAGAGGCUCUGUGUGAAGAAGGUGGCAGAGGAAAAGGUGAUGGAGGCAACGCAUUAACUGAACUGAAGGAUGAGGAUUCUAGUCAGAGCUGAUUGAUGCUGAGCAACACUCAAUCACUAUAUAAUAAAGGAUUUGAUAUUAAAGUUA